UCAAGUCUGGAUGGGUCUACGCAGAGUCCCUCUGAACGACUCAGCGUGGAGGUGGAUUGAUCCAAAAGGUGGAGAGGGGGUCUCAGGAGGAGACUUCUCACAGAGGGUCCUCUGGGCCGAUGAAGAGCAGAGCGACCACUGUGCACUUGUGGAUGCAGAUUUAAAGUGGCACAGUGUGAGAUGUUCAAGUACACAUCCAUUCUUCUGUACAGAAGUGAACGAGAUUAAAUAUCAUUACCAAAGAAAAGACUGGUACGCGGCUUCUGAUUGCUGCAGUGAUCAAAGUGACAGUUACCUGGCCACCAUCACCAUGGAUAACACAGGCAAAUUGAAGUUUGCUGGCUGGAUCGGGCUGCACCGAAAAGCUGGUGAGACCUGGAGCUGGAUCGGGGAUCAGCAGUCUGACUUCAGAAACUGGGCCCAAGGAGAGCCCCGCUACGCCGACUGUGGCUCUUUUGAUCCUGUAAAUCAAAAGUUUUACAGCAAAGCAUGCUCCACAGAGCUUCCUUUUCUCUGCUAUGAUGACAACCUUGUGGUGGUGAACGAGAACAAGACAUGGGAGGACGCCCUGAAGCACUGCAGGAAAAUGGAGAGCCCAUGUGAGGACGAACCGAGCCCCUGCAUCUACAAACACGACCUCCUGAGCCUGGAAGUCCUGGCUGACUACAACUACGUCAGAGAUAGGAUCUACAAAGCCACCACUGAUGAGGUUUGGACGAGCCUGCACUUCCUGGGAGGGGAGUGGCGGUGGUCCAACGGACAGCAGCUGGAGGACCAGAGUCAGACCAUGCUGCCGGACUGUCCGUCCCAGUGGAAACACUGUGGAACCCUGUCCAAACAUGACACCAACCACUGGAUCACCAGGAACUGCUUGGAGAGAAGAAACUUCAUCUGCUACAGAUAUAAAACUGUCAGUAAUCAGACAGACUAUCUUGGGGUUUGAGAGCUUUUCGGUGCUUCAUUUCUGCCUGUUUUGUUUUUAUGUUAACACACUGAGCUCUAUAUAUUAAAGGGUUUGAUCAGAUAAUUAGAAUUAGACUAACCUGGUUUAUUUUUGCCAGUGAGUUAGAAAGAAUAUUGGCAUACAGUGGGAAUGAAAAAUGUAAAACAAAAAGUAAUUUUUUUUGUUUUUUCUGAUGGUUUCACAAUAUUAGGCUUGUUUGAUCUGUAGCAAUCCCAACGGACAACGCAUAUCAUGGACAUCUGAAUACUCCUUGUUUAGACUUUCAUCAUUACCAUGAAAUCAAACCUUGAUUCAGCUUAAUCCCAUUAGUAGGUCCAUA